ACUUGCGUUGCACCCGGGCUGAGUGCGGCCGCGACGGGGCGGGCGGACUCUCGGGCGCUCAGAGCUGGCCUCGGGUCCUCGGAGCCUGGCGCUCGAACCUCCCUUCCGACCUCCACCCGGACCCCGACCCCGACCCGGCCCGGCCCGGCCCCCGCCCCCGCCCCCCGGGCCGAUGGACUACUCCUACCUCAAUUCGUACGACUCGUGCGUGGCGGCCAUGGAGGCGUCCGCCUACGGCGACUUUGGCGCCUGCAGCCAGCCCGGCGGCUUCCAAUACAGCCCCCUGCGGCCCGCCUUCCCCACGGCAGGGCCGCCCUGCCCCGCGCUCGGCUCCUCCAACUGCGCGCUUGGCGCCCUACGCGACCACCAGCCCGCGCCCUACUCGGCAGUGCCCUACAAGUUCUUCCCAGAGCCAUCCGGCCUGCACGAGAAGCGCAAGCAGCGGCGCAUCCGCACCACGUUCACCAGCGCGCAGCUCAAGGAGCUGGAGCGCGUCUUCGCUGAGACUCACUACCCCGACAUUUACACGCGUGAGGAGCUGGCGCUCAAGAUCGACCUCACUGAGGCUCGCGUGCAGAUGUUCAGUUGGCCCGCCUUGACUGGAUGCCCUAGACAAAAGGUUUUCCUGGCGCCCUAAACUGCUCUCCACGGCCCUGGAACCCUCCAGGAGGGAAGUCCCAGAGCUUCCUAAAAGAAGGAAAUGGGGGAAGAACUUAGGGUGAGGAGAACGAAGGCAGGGUCCCCUCCAGGAGACCAAGAGUGCUGGGAGUCAGCGGGUGAGUGGAUCCCAGGGGCAAGAACCCAGGGAUCUGGAGGCAGGGGCCAGUGGAGCGCGCAGAGGGCAGCGGGCUGCGUGCGGGAGGGCCGAAGGCCCCUCCAACUAGUAAGAACCCCGGGCCCGGUUCUUUCCGAACCAGGAUCUCACUCGAGCCUUGCGGCCGCGGGCUGACCCCGUGCGUUCUCCGACCCUCGUCCAGGCUGACUGGCCCCUGUGCCCGCAGGUCUGGUUCCAGAACCGCCGGGCCAAGUUCCGCAAACAGGAGCGCGCGGCCAGCGCCAAGGGCGCGGCGGGCGCGGCGGGCGCCAAAAAGGGCGAGGCGCGCUGCUCCUCCGAGGACGACGACUCCAAGGAGUCCACAUGCAGCCCCACGCCCGAUAGCACCGCGUCGCUGCCGCCGCCGCCUGCGCCCGGCCUGGCCAGCCCGCGCCUGAGCCCUAGCCCGCUGCCCGUUGCACUGGGCUCCGGGCCGGGACCUGGUCCGGGGCCACAGCCGCUCAAGGGCGCACUGUGGGCCGGUGUGGCGGGCGGUGGGGGCGGCGGGCCCGGCGCGGGCGCGGCCGAACUACUUAAGGCUUGGCAGCCGGCGGAGUCCGGCCCCGGGCCCUUCUCCGGGGUUCUGUCCUCCUUUCACCGGAAGCCCGGCCCCGCCCUGAAGACCAAUCUCUUCUAGCUGCCGGCCUCUGGAGGCUCCGAGCCUGCCCCUAGAGACGUCCCUGCCCCUCCAGGACCUGACAGCCCCUCCCAUCCUGGCCACCCGCCUGGAAGUCCCCAUCCGUCUCCACUCCCUACUGUCUCACCCCGGGUGUGUCCUCCCCAGUUUUGGAGACCAAGUCAGGGCCAUUCUCGUCGUCACUCACCCUCUACCAGCAGAGCGGAGUUCUUUACACCGGGACCUCCUCUAGGAGAACCCCGGAGCCCCUUCUAGCUUGGCCUUCUUUGGAUGCGGUAUCACAUGAGGCCUGUCCCUAACAGUGCCCUCAAAGUGAAGGUCCUCGAGGAGGAGUGGCACAGCCCCCUUCCCUGGCUCUGCAGCGGCUAGGUCACCCCUUACGUUGGUGAUCAGGAAAGCCCGCUGCCCCACCCCUUGGGCCCACCCGUACAGAGGCUGGUGGUCGCCGGGAUAAUCAUUGGCCACUGCCAGUUCGUCCCUCAAGUGUCUCCUCUCUUCCCUAGCCCGUCUGGCAUAGAGGGUGGACCUGUUAGAGGAGUGGAGGGGCUGCCCGGGGAAUGGGACAGAGGGAUUCCCUUUCCCUUUUUUGGUUGUCCUUUUUCUUUGAAAAACUUGUAAUUUAUUGAAGUUUUACUCAAUCCAAAUAAAACUUAAUUUAUUGAAGACA